UUAUUAAGCAUCUUUUUGUUGCAGUAACAAAAUGCCGUUGGUAAUGGAUAAGUGUUGUUUCUUCGUACCACUCAGAAAGGGAUGCCUGAUCAUCGGGUACUUAAACCUGGUUGGCAACCUCUUAAUGAUUUUGCUAUCGGUCAUCGGACUGGCGGCCGCGUCCGUGCUGAUGAUCAUAGGCAAGGAUGAAGAGGAACAAAAUCUAGGAGCGGCCAUGUUCGUCGUGUGUAUGGUCAUGCUUAUACUCUUACUAGUGUUUCUGGCGUUUACUAUAAUUCUGCUGUUGGGAUUGCAUCAGCACAAGCGAACUCUCGUAAAAGUCUACCUGAUCUACGCUCUGGCCUUCAUUGUGCUCUCCAUCAUCAUGUUCUUCGCCAACCUUAUGGUCGCAGUCGAGCCGCUCAACAUUGUCAAAGAUAUCGUCUCUAUUGUGGUUCAAAUUUACUUCUGGAUGGUAAUAAGAAGUUUCUACCUCGUGAUGGACAAUCCUGAGGAAGCGACUUAUUUCGAACCAAUUUAACUUGAAUUGUAACCCAAUUGUAAAAAAAAAUGUUAUAUGAUUGUGAACUGUGAUAUUGAUAAAACAAUCAAUUGUUAUAGGUAGCGUUUUUUAUUAUUUU